AUGUUAUUCUUCAGCUUCUUCAAGACCCUUACGAACCGCACCGUGACGAUCGAACUGAAAAAUGAUAUACGGAUUCGUGGCACUUUGAAGAGUGUGGAUCAAUAUUUGAACAUCAAACUAGACGAUAUCGAAGUCCUCGACUUGAACGAGUACCCGCAUCUUUCCAGCGUCAGCAAUGUUUUCAUUCGAGGAAGUGUGGUGAGAUAUAUUGUACUGCCACAGUCUGAAGUUGAUACCGGCCUACUAGAAGACGCAACCAGACGAGAGGCAGCAAACCAAGCGAAUAAGGCGCGGUAA